CCGCUAACCAAUAGCAGCUUCGAGCUCAAAUGAAAACAAAACGAAAAUAAAUGGCGCCAUGAGAAUCAAGGAGGUGGUCGAUACGCGCAAUUUAAUGUCAAGACUUAGCAGUUAUUCCCUCUGUUUCUUAAUAAUCAGCUGUAAUGAUGGAUGCGUCAAAUACGCUUUUGAAGAGGCUAUGUUCUCACGUCACAGGGAUCAACGAUGAUCGAUUGGUGACACAUUUUCAGCUGGCUGUGAGUUUGUUAAAUGAGGGACCCUCUCAUCUUUCUGUCAAAGAUCAUAAUGUUGCUGAGAAAAUUAAGCGACGACUGGUCAGAGAAAAGCGACUAGAAGAUGCUGCUCGGUUUUCCGGCUUGAUGAACAGACUUCUAAAAUCGGCUGUCCUGCAGAAUAAAACGAGCAUUCUUAAAUUUUUCCUGGCACUGAGUCAGGAUAAUGCCUCAUACAGCAGCAUGCGGAUUGGGUCUCCAUCGUCAACUGCUCGAGCAUCACAUGAAAAUGGCCUGUGUAAUGGACAUAGAGAUGAUAUGCUCCACUUGCCCAAACUGCAUCAACACCUUGAUUCAAGUGUUCCCUCGGAAAACAUUUUAGCUGGCACUUCACCAAAAUACAUUGUCCCUGAAUCAAUUGAAAGUAGAUCAUCACUUGCCACAGGAAGUAACAGGGUGUCUCGUUUGGCAGAAAUGUAUAAAGUAGCAGCAAGAAAGAUUCCAGACUCACCUUUUGCAGAACUUCAGCACAGUUCACCAACAGUUGAUAGAUUAAAACUUCAUCAUCAGCAUCAUAAAAAUACUAGUUUUAAAGAAGCACUUAUUGAGGUGACGGAAAAAGUGUUAAUCAGAGAGGUGCUCUUUAUAUUCCAAGGGAUAGAAGGUAAAAUUAUCAAGAUGGAUGCUAAUAAAGAUGGAUAUAGAUUAGAUCCUAAGGUUCGUCUGUCACACAGUCAAAAGGAGAUAAUUCUCAAGCUAUCAGAUGUAGGUUGGUUAUAUAACAAAGUACAAAAUUUUUGUGAGUGGGGAGGGAGUAUUGCAGGGAAUGAGCGCACUAGUGACCGAACUGCAUCUGGCCUUGUCAAUCAAUCUCUGGUGUUGGCGUUGAGAGAAGAGCUAACUGAGUAUUGCAGACUCAUUGCUCUGCUGGAAGCACAGAUUCAAGAAGGAGGAGACACACCAAUGGGAGAGCCUUCUGGUGGCCUUACUUUACGUCGUUUGGUGAUGUGGACUCUUGAACCUCGGGCACGUCUGCGAGCUCUGGCUCAUCUUACACAUGCUGCUCGUGAAGUGUAUGGUGGUGCGUGUGUCUCGGCUAUAUAUCAGCACAUGCACCAUGGUAACCCAGGGCAUAGGGCUGUUGUGCGUCAUGUCCUCAGUUUGGCCUGCACACCUAUGUACGUAAUGCUAACUCAGUGGCUCUUAGAUGGCACAUUGGAGGACCCUCAUCAUGAGUUCUUCAUUGCUUCCGACCCCACUGUACCGGAUGAUAAACUAUGGCAGGAUAAAUAUUCUAUAAGAUGGUCUAUGCUGCCAAGCUUUAUCAACAAAUCUCAAGCACAAAGAGUUUUAGCAUCAGGCAAAUCCCUUAAUUUCCUUCGUAAUGUAUGUCACUUUCGUGCACCAAUAGCUGGCCGAGAUGCUAUCAAAACAGCGCUACAGCAAACAACAGUGGAGUCGCUGUUCACGCAAGAUGAAAGCAGUCAGCUGGAUGAGCUUAUAGGAUUAACAUUCAGAGAAACGUCUUGCCAUGUACUUGAGGAGAUCCUUACCAGACACAAGCUCAUGGAUCAUCUUCGUGCACUGCGUCGUUACCUCCUCCUCGGCCAGGGCGACUUUAUUCACUACCUCAUGGAAAUUCUCAAUCCAGAACUUGGGAGGCCAGCUACAAAUUUGUAUCCACACAACCUUUCAUCGCUCCUGGAGACUGCUGUGGCUGCAAGUAAUGCACAAUAUGAAGAACCAGAUAUUCUUAAACGUCUCGAUGUGAGACUUUUAGAAAUCUCUCCUGGUGACUUAGGAUGGGAUGUUUUUAGCCUUGACUAUCAUGUUGAUGGACCUAUUGGAACAGUAUUCACGGGUGAUUGUAUGCGCCAGUAUUUGAUGUUGUUCAAUGCUUUGUGGAAAGACAAGAGGAUGGAGAUGAUUCUCUCAGAUAUAUGGAAGGAACAGGCUGCCACAUCCAAGUUGUGUAGAGACUUGCCUGAAUUAGGAGUUGUUCUACAUGGUCUUCAGUUGCUGACGACGGAAAUGGUACAUCUAGUUCACCAAAUGGAAUACUACAUGACUUUUGAGGUGCUAGAGUGUUCAUGGCAUGGACUGAUGACCAAACUCAAGUCAGCUCAGAGCUUGGAUGACGUCAUAGCUGCACACAACCAUUUCUUAAACAGGAUUGUUGCAGGGGCACUUCUUGAUGCUGAAUCCAAGCAAGUAAGAACCCAUCUAAGAACAUUCUACAAUAUAAUCCAGAAUCUCAGGGGCCUCCAAGAGAGAUUGUCAGUAGCUGUAUCAACUGAAGUUAAUGCACGCAAAAAUGCUCUUGCUGAAGUUAAGGCAAGAACAGAUGCAGGUGAUUUUGGAACAUCAGUAGAACAUCAAGAAAUUGAAAAGAAGAGAAGAAAGGAGUUUAUAUCAAAAGUUGUUCCAAAAUUAAAAUCAGAUCUAAGAAUCAACACACAAACAUAUCGGGACAUGGUUCAGUCUUUCCUGCUUAUGCUAACACAACACGAAGACCAAAACCUACAUUUGCUGAGCACACGUCUUGAUUUCAACGAGUAUUAUCACAACCGUGACGACCGCCUCAAUCAACGCCUCACUUAUCAUCACAAGCGGAAGAGUAUGGGCACAUCCUUCUGCCAAUGAUCUCACAUGCCUGUAAUUACUGUUCAUGGUACAUUAUUUGAGUGCUUGAUUUCCUAUGGUGAAAUAUGUUCUUACUGAUCUGUGAUUAUAGGGCUUAUGGGCAUCUCCACCGAGCCAUGUGGAGCCACCAAUGAGGAGAACCACCCAUGGUGUGGAUUCAAAUGUCAUUAAAAAAUAAUUCGUAAGAUCCAGUGUCACUACUGUGCUAAAAAAUAAAAAAAAACUUUUUUUUUUGCCUUGCUUGGCUUUAUCUUCCGAACACACAGAGUAUACUGUAUAACUUGAUAUAUUACUGGAUUAACCUUUGGCAAAGCAUACUGAUUUACUGUGAACUAAACUAUAAAUUGUACUUCAUAAAAUUAUCUUCAAAAAGAUAUCAAUACUACAGAUUAUUAUUACAGUAUUAUUACUGCCACCACCACCAGGGUGGGACGUAACACCAAAACCCACCAGAGCUUCUUGAAACCAACCAUGCCUAUAUAAAACUAAUACAAAAUACUGUAUACCGAUCUUAUUAAAGCCCGAGUCAACUAACUACUAAAUCCCACCUAGCCGACCAAAACCCCCCUAAACACGCUAGUACCUGCCAAAACUCACAGUGCCAAUAAAAACCUCAAUCUACUCAAAACCAAACACAUGUUAAGUGUGAGAAAGUCUUGGGAGUAGGAUGGGGGGGAUGGUUCUGACGUCCUGUGUCACCCCCCAGUGUUGCAUCGCCCCAUUUGUAGACUAUAUUCAUGAUGCUGUGGAAAUCAUAAUUAUACAUCUGAUAUUUGCAAGAAUCUAGAAAACAGUUUAGUCAUGAGUUAUUUCUAUCCCUUUAGGGUUUUUGUGGUUUGCUAUUAACAUUUGUUUUUGAACUUUAAAUGCCCACUGAUCUUAUUUUAUAGAUCAAGUGUGAAGAAUAUUUCUAUUGGGGUGGUACGGCAUCAUAAUGCUAGGAUGAUGCAACAUAAUGCUGGGCUGGAGCAGUGUUAUAAUUCUGGGGUGGUGCAGCAUCAUAAUGUUGGGAUGGUGCAGUAUCAUAAUACUGGGAUGGUACAGCAUCAUUAUGCUAGGAUAGUGCAGCAACAUCACUACCACAGCACCUCUGUACCACAUCACCACCACCAUACCAUAGCAACUCCAUAUCACAUCAUCACCAUAUCACCUCCAUACCACAUCAGCAUAUCACCUCCAUACCACAUCACCACUGCACCUUCAUACCAUUUCACCACUUUCAUACCACAUCACCACCACAGUACCACAUCAUCACCACAGCACCUCCAUACCACAUCACUACCACAGAACCACAACACCACAUCACCAUGCCUUUCUACCCUUUUCUUAGAGCAAUCUAUGCUUAUUACACAAGUUUGAACCCAUACUUGGCACCCUGUUUUGAUGACCAUGCCUUGUGCAUGCCACAAUGUCUUUUAAUUCACUACAGCAGACUGUACUCAUUGCACAAUUCGCUACAGCACACUGUAUUCAUUGCACAAUUCACUACAGCACACUGUAUUCAUUGCACCACUUGUUCUGUAUCAGUUAAUAAUCCAGUCUGGGAACACCGCUCUUAAUCAUCUACGAUCAGAACACAUCUAGUAAUAUUUGUUUUAGGUGUAACUGAUUUGAUAGACAAUAAAUAUUCAACCUACACUGCAGCUGAAGCCUGCUUUGCAAUGUUUCAGUUUCAUUAUUUUUGUAUAAGGUUUUGUUAGUUUCAUUAUGUUCUACUUUUUUUCUCCCCACAGGGUAUUCAGUGGGUUAGGUAAUUGUUGGUUGGGUUGGUUUCAAAAUUUAUUCAUGCUGCAUUGUCUCUCUGUUAUCUUUUUUGUAAAUUUGUUCUUUAAACCCAAUGAGUGAAAUAUUACUCUGCAAUGUAAAUUUUUAUUUUUAUUAUACUGUAUGUCCUUGUAUAUUUUUAUAAGUGAUAUUCCAGCUGACCCCAGGAUAUGACGAUAUAAAAAUAUUUUGGGGAAAACAAUUUGGUUCUAAAGACCUUAAUUUGAGAUCUAUUUGCACACAGUUUUGCGUUUCAUCAAUAUUAUAGAGUGAAAUUUGCUAAAAAUAUUUUGUUUAUAAAAAUUACAUUUAAAUUUCAUAUUUAUAUAAAUGUACAAACAUUUAAGAAAGAUUAAUGUGUGCUGUAGCUCCAAAAAUCUAUAAAUUGGUAAGAUGGUGCACAUGUUACAAGAUCAUUAUAUUCUAAGGUGUUACAGCUUAGAAUAUGAUCCAUAUUUUACCUGCUACAACUCGUGCUUCAAGUUUACGUGUUACAACAUUAUGCUCAAUGUUUACUUACUGCAGCAUCAUGCACCAGGUUUACUUAAUGGUCUCACACCUUUUAAUACAUUAAAGAUCUAUGAAUACAUUUUUUUAUAUACUGUAAUUCAUAUUAAAUUAAAUUUACUGAAUGAGUUCCCAUUGAACUCCGGCAUCACCUUGAGAAUGCAUCCAUCUACAAAAUUAUUUUGUUGAAUCUUGGUUUGGAAGAGAUGCUUUCCUUGUUUACUAGCUUGAAAUGGUUGUAGCUCAGGUUUACUGUAGCAGAAAAUCCAUGUUUUUCAAUUUGAGAAACCUCUGUAAGACCAAGAACUCACAGGGAUGAUCAGUCUCAUCUGUAAUCAGUUGACUUGUGCCUCAAGUGUCAUUUCUAUAUAGUAUUUUUGUAUUGCUUUGUUUAUUAUUUUAUUUAUAAUCACUCUCAAGGGGAAUAAAAAUAUAAAUCAACAAGGUACUAUUUUCAGGGUUGCCAUUACUAGAAGGAUGCCUAGCAAGAAUGAUCAGAUCUGAGGAUCCCUACUAGAGUUCAAAGGUACUAUGAAUUUGUAGUAGAGUCCAUGCUAAUGUAGUGCUUCAGUUCAUAUCAAAUCAAGCACCAUUGUAUCUCGCAGCAGACAAAAAAUAUUUUGCAAAAAAAAACAAAAAAAAUUGACCAGUGGUCUUAUCAACCAGCAGGUAUCAUUUAUGCAUGUAUUUUUUUCUUAGUCACAUAAUUUUAACCGGUUAGCUUGCUUAGGAUUUUAUCUUGUUUAGUCUUUUCUUCCCAGUUUUGAUGGGUGCAGCACACUUUAGGGUGCUCUCAGUAACACAUGGUGCCAAACACACUGACAGCAGUCAUCCUGUUGACAGGCAGCCGUCAGCCAUGUAGACGUUUUAUUCAAGUUCUGUAAUAUUCACAGUUUAGUAUGCCAUUUUAUUUAGCUGUACUGCUUUUUUUAAUAAAUAAAUAAUAAGACAUGCAAGUGGGAUAAUGGAUAAUGUGUGCAUCACUCGGUCCAUCAGCUAUACAUCAUUUGGUGUGCCUAGUAGUACCUUGUGUUGGGUGACAGUGUGAACAGCAUCCUUGGCUAGAGAACCUUGACUGGCCUGACAAACUUCCUAACUCUGACAGUGGAAAAUCAGAUGAAGCCACUUGGAACACUCACAGAUGCGCUUGAAGUAGUUAUUGAUCUAUUAUUCAUGAGUAAGAUAACCAUCACAGAUGAGACAUGUUUAAUGUGUUGGGUAAAUACAGCUGAGUGUACAUGUAUAAUGUGUCGGGUAAAUACAUGAAAAUGGUAACGAAUUACCUAAAUGACCAGAAAUUGAUAUUUUUUUCAGAAGGUUCUUCACAAUAUAUGAGGCACAGAUAAUCUACCAUAUAAAGUAAUAUAAAAACACAAAUAAAAAUAACUAAUAUUUUUGUGGA